AUGGCGAAAACAAAAAAUUCUCAACCGUCCAAGAGGCCCUCUCGUGGCUCUGCUUCUGCAUCUCCGAUCUCCCCACCUGCGCUGCCUACUCCAGUGAUUGGAGUUCCUGGUUCGUCAUCUGCUCUGAUGAAAACUGCCAGAAAUUCGAAGACCCAAGCUCAAAAAUCGACUUACAACCUCGCUUCUCCUCCAGUCAUUGCAUCUCCGAUUGCUUCUCCAACUACUGGGUUUGGUGAUCAUGAUGAAUCCCAUUCAUCCGAUCACUCUCUUUCGAAGUCUUCUUCUUCGAAUGGUGCUCCAAAUGUCGAGAAAGCAAUGGCUACUUUUCCCACGGUGAGUUCUCAAACAAGGUCCAAGGAUCCCGAAUCAGAGGGCUUAUCCGAUUCAAGUGAAGAGUUUGUGCCCAAACAACUACCCUCUGCUGAUGAUUCUGGGUCUGAAAGUGAAGAACCUGAAGCUGAACCUGUCAGUGCAGAACCUGUUGUUGUCCCUGCUACAAUUCCAAAGAAGGACAAAGGAAAAAGACCCAUUGUCUCUCCAAGUCAUAUUCUUCCUCAGAAAAGAAAGAGGCCCUCUGAGGAAUUGAUUCUUGAGAAUGAAUCAAUCGAGAUGCCUUCUGUUAGAACCACUUUCAAAGUUCCAGAGAAACAUCCUCAAGGAAAAUCUGCUAAGAAAAAGGCUCGGUCUGCUUCCCCUGUUAUUACUGAUGAACCUACUGCUGCAUUUGCUUCCACUUCUGCUCCUACAGAAAUGGCUGAAUUCAACUUGCCAUUUUCUCAGUUGUAUAGUACGACCACAGAACUUCAUGAAGCUCCUCUGAUGAGUUUCCUUUAG